CGGCUGAAUUUGCAGGAUAGAAAGAUUCAAUCCUGAUUCAUAUUUCUCCAGCUGGUAAGAAAUCAUCGACGAUGUUUACUAGAAUUUUUGGAAAGCCUAAGCAAGAGACGAAUGCUCUGGCAACGUUAGAUAAGUUAAAUGAGACUCUUGAGAUGCUGGAGAAAAAAGAGAAAGUUCUCUUGAAGAAGGCUGCCGCUGAAGUUGAAAGGGCCAAGGAAUUCACUCGAGCUAAAAAUAAAAGGGCUGCAAUACAAUGUUUGAAGAGAAAAAGGCUUUAUGAACAACAAAUUGAACAGCUCGGAAAUUUCCAGUUGCGAAUUCAUGAUCAGAUGAUAAUGCUAGAGGGAGCAAAAGCUACCACAGAAACUGUAGAUGCUUUGAGAACAGGAGCAGCUGCAAUGAAGGCUAUGCAGAAGGCUAGCAAUAUUGAUGACGUGGACAAGACAAUGGAUGAAAUCAACGAGCAGACUGAAAACAUGAAACAAAUUCAAGAAGCUCUGUCAGCGCCUAUGGGCGCAGCUGCUGAUUUUGAUGAGGAUGAACUGGAGGCAGAGCUCGAAGAACUCGAAGGAGCUGAGCUGGAAGAACAGCUCUUGCAACCUGCAACAACAGCUCCUGCUGCACCUGUUCGAGUGCCUGCAGGAAGGCAACCGGCGAGGAAGGUUGAAGACGAUGAUGAUGAGCUGGCCGAAUUGCAGAGAGAGAUGGCCCUUUAAGGAGGUCAUUUUUCUAACCUAUGCUUACCAUUGUCAAUUC